CACUUUAUCAAAAGGCUCUCCAUUCAUCCAUGCAUCGUUACAGCGAGGAGUGGCCCGGAGCGCACCACGGUGGAGGAGGCGUCUCCGUGGCGCAGGACUGUAUAAAAACACCCGGCGGUAAUCUCCCUGCUCCGUCCGUCUCCCUUCGCCUCCUCCUCGCCUGUAGUAGCUUUAGCUAUCGCCCUGCCGUGAAGCCGCGAUGGACCGCUGGAAGGGCAGAGUGGCUCUGGUGACCGGAGCUUCGGUCGGGAUCGGAGCGACUAUCGCCAAAGAGCUGGUUCGGUCCGGCAUGAGGGUGGUGGGCUGCGCAAGAAACGUGGACAAAAUAAAGGCGUUGGCUGCAGAGUGUAAGAGCGCGGGCUACAGUGGCGUCUUGAUCCCAUUCAAGUGCGACCUGACCAAUGUGGAGGAAAUCCAGUCCAUGUUUGCAGCCAUCAAAGCGGAGCACAAAGGCGUGGACGUUUGCAUCAACAACGCUGGGCUGGCUAAUCCCGAGCCUCUGCUGAGCGGCAAAACCAGCGGCUGGAAAACCAUGCUUGACGUGAACGUAAUGGCACUGAGCAUCUGCACUCGUGAAGCGUACCAGUCGAUGAAGGAAAGAAACAUUGAUGAUGGACACAUCAUCAAUUUAAACAGCAUCUGUGGGCACAUUGUAAUUAACAGUGGCGACAUCCAUUUCUACACGGCCACUAAGUACGCCGUGUCGGCCCUGACUGAAGGCCUGAGGCAGGAGCUCAGGGAGGCAAAAACUCACAUCAGAGCUACAUGCAUUUCUCCUGGUAUAGUAGAGACUGAAUUUGCUUAUCGGUUCCACAGCGAAACCCCUGACAAAGCCAAGGAAGCAUACUCUCACAUCAAGGCCUUGGAAGCAAUAGAUGUUGCUAAUGCUGUUGUAUAUGUCCUAAGUGCCCCUCCUCAUGUUCAGGUUGGAGAUAUUGUGUUGCGACCCGUGGAGCAACAGGCAUGAUGUGACACCAUGUGAUGGCUACAUUUAUAUUCAGACAAAAUUUUCUUAUGAUUUCUUUACUGCAUCUAUGAACUUAAUGACUGUAAUCUCUAAUCAAAAGAAUAAAAGUCUGAUUUUAAGGUGACCUGUGUUUUUGCUGAGAUGUUGUAUUAUAGAUAGCUGACUUUUUACAUACAUGUGCAUGCUCGUAUGGAAAUAUUUCACUCUUCUGACCAAGAUUGUUUUAAAAGCCUUAAUUAUGACUGAUUUAUACUGAAAUAAUCUUUGAUUUUAUAGACCUUGCUCCUGAGGUUUGAAAAAUGCAAUGUUUAUAAUAAACUGUUUUCUUAGAU